AAACAUUUUUAAAGUGUAAAGUGUUUUAAAGUUAAAAAAAAAAUCAAACAACCAGUGUAAAAACCAAAUAAUCUUCACAAAAAAAAAAAUUCCAACAAAUAUUUUACCAAAAAAGAAAGAAUAAAAAGUAAUUGUUUAUUUUGGCAAACGUUUUAACAACAAAUCAUUCCAUAUGGUUCAUAUUAUUGAAUUGGUCGGUCAGCCGAAGGUUGAGUUUGCUCAACAAGUUACUGUAAGUGUUUGUGAUAAACAAUUAAUGAACUACAUGAACCGCGGUUUACAGCUCAAGCCAGCUGAUAGUGAAGGCCGCAGCGGUAAGUUUGGAUUUUUAUUUGCAAUUUAAUUAUUUUCUAACAUUUUUAACUCUAGUUUUUAAAAAUUAAUUGUUUUUUUUUUUUAAUGGUAUUAAAAAUUUUAGUACUUUAACCUUGAAUUAAACAAAACAAUUUAUAGAAAUUUAAGUUUCUUUAAGUGUGAAAGUGCCUUUUCUUUAUAAAUGUGAUUAAUUUUUAU